AUAGCACGAUUUUGAUUAUUUUAUGUGGUCUACUAUGAAAAGUAUCCCAAUACGGCUAAUGUGACUUUCACACAAAUGCAGAAUAUCUAGCUGAGAACAAUGAAUACGUUCGUUUUACUGCUCGUGAGCGUCAACUUAGCUAUCAACGCUUAUUGCGGUAACAGUACCAGUAACGACAGCGAAAAACUGAAAGAUGUAUUGAGAAAUAACAGAACUUCGAGAAGCAAAAACGAUACUGAAGACGGCAAGAACGUACUUCAGACACAAGCCUCGAGUAAAUUAAGAGAGUGCGGAGUCCAGCCUAACGACGAUAAUGACAAUUAUGACGGAAAUGCUUCUAGUAACUCGAAUUUUAAUGAAUAUGGUAAUACCUACGGUUCGAGAAAUUCAAAUUCAAAUUCGCAGAACAGGUACGGGUCCAGUCAAUCAAAUAACAGACCGCAGCGCAAUUACAAUGGAGAUAACGUCGGUAACAAUUUUCAAAAUGAGGAAAAUAGACGAAACUCUAACCAGGAAGGUAAUAGACACUAUUAUGAAAGUAGCUCGGACAGAGGCGACGACUCUGGUGACAGAUACAGCAAUUCAAGAAGAAACUCCUACGAAAAUUCGCAUUUCGGUGGCGGCUCCACCCAAAAAGCAAACUAUUCCAAACUACACCCUUACAGUACCAAUCCGUAUCAGUCUAAUAGUCGUGGAACUGAUAUAGAUAACGACGAUCACUCAAACCAAAAUCGUAAUAACGAUCGAGGCAAUAAUCGAUACAACGGAAACGGUUCCUGGGGCUAUAGCUCUGAAGGUGGUCGGACUAACUACGGAUAUAGGCAUUCCGGUAAUUCCGGAAUACAAAACAAUGACCGCGAUGAAAACUUCCGGUUUGGGUAUAACAAUGGCGGCAGUAAUUAUGCGACCAGCCAAAACCCGUUUAAAAACCAAUGGUACGGGUCUAACGGCAACAGGGCCGGAGGGAACAGUGGGGGUAAUAGUGGGACAAAUUACAAUUUUAAUCCAUAUGGUGACGAUUGCGACGAAGAUGGUCAAAAUAGAGAAAACAACGGCGGUUAUGGUUACCUGCACCAUCGCCAUAUGCCUCCAGUCAUGAAAAAUCUUCUAAAAGGAACACGAAAGAAGCGAUAUAGUUUCGGAAUUCAUAAAACGAACAAAUCGAAUAACAACGAUCAAUGUAUCAGUCAGUGCGUCUUCGCCCAUUUGCAAAUCUUAGAUGACUACAGAUCGCCAUCGGAGACCAUGUUCGUCAAAUGGAUCCAAGAUCAUUAUAAAGAGAGCGACGCAGAAAGAGUUGAUACGCUGAGACACGUGAGGAGAUGUUUCGCGAGAUUGACAAGCACUGAUAUUGAAGACGGUUGCGAAUUUUCAAGUCGGCUGUCCGAAUGUCUUAAUUUGUCUUUAGAGAUUUGAUUUCUUGUACACCGAACCAAGAAUUUCCUAGCUUAGACACGGUGGUGCUUUUAUGAAUAAACAAUACUGUUUUUGAUUGUCUCCGGCAUAACAGUGCUUCAGUUAAACUUCUUUUAAGUCACCUUCCCUAGCGACAGCAGAUUGUUAUGCACCUAUUAGGGCAAACAGCCUCUACAAUGACCGCAGAGGAUACCUUCUUACCUUUUACCAUUUUUAACCAUUGUUGUAUUGUUAGGUUAUAGCCGAAAAUAUAAUUGCUUGGAUGUGAGUUUUAUCGGGCAAACACAACUAUAGACCAAACUGACAUAACUAACCAAAGCUACCAUCUUAUUUACUUUUCUCAUAAGAUAAAGCGGUUCGACACAUAAAAAACUAGCGUUUGGUUAGUAUUUGCCCCUAUAUAAAAAGCAUACAGAUGUGAGCUGGUGAUUAAUUUUGCACAAACAUAAGCUUAUGAAAUAUAGGUAUAAAAUACAAUGAAUGGUAGAUAUUAUUUUUUCGUCAUUCAACAAUUUGAUAAGUGUAAACCAUCUUGGGGCUUUCCUUGAUCCGAAUGCAACGUGUGGAAAACUUUCAAGAGGUAUACUUGUGGCGCCAACUGCUUGCAAAAGAUAGUGUGAAUUAUAAUUAUGGUUUAUAUUAUAUGGUAAAAAAUUGUAUAGGUUUAUAAUAUAUCCGUGCUCUUUGAUUUGCUUCAACAGCUGGCAUUACUCAAUAGGCGCAAAUAUUAGAAAAACUUCUAUUUCGUGAAUAAAUUUAUGAAGAACAUGGACUAAUUUUAUGAAUUAAUUCGCAAUUGUAUAAGAGAAAAGUCCAAAUUUGGCAAAUUAGAGUUAGUGCAUUGUUGUUCUGAGAAGUUUACUAUAUUUUAUGCUGCCUACUAUUUAUAUUUGACAAAGUCGUGUGCUUGCUAACAUAAGUACCUUUUUCCUAUAGGUCUAUGCAAUUCAUUAUAUUCUUAAUUAUCAUUUCACGCUGUUAAUUUUACGAUUGACUUAGGUCUGUUUUCACAUUAGUUUGAAACUUAUUUGGGCGUGUGCGGAGUAAAUUGUGAAAAUUGUUGGCACACAAGCAUACAGCUUGGAAAAGUAAAAGGUUAAAGCACAGUUUUAAAGAAUAUCUAAAAUGGAUUCAUCAGAUGAAUAUGAAUAUUUAAUUUCACGACAAUGAUUUGGAUUUAUUUUUAGAAGAAACAAUAAAACCAAAAAACCUCGGAUUAUCUUGGGCAAAAUAGAGAAUUAUCGUUACUAAUAUUUUUAGAUUUAUUUUAUUAAAAAACUUACGAAAAAAGACAGGGUACCAAACAAUCCGAAACUUCACAUGAAAAUGUCUCAGGAUUUAAAUUCAAAACCAGAUUUAACAAUGAUUUAAGUCACAUGUUUACAUGGCAAUUAUUCCAGAACAAGUAACAAGAAACAAAGAAAACCUAAAAAUGUGCGUUGACAUUUCUUCUUCUUAUAUUAUUUAAGAUUAAGCUAGCUAUAUAUUAAAAUUAAUACAAGUACAAGACUGUACACUUGCGUACAGUCGCGCCAUCUAGUCUGAGCUAGCGACAAGACUAUCGCUGUUCCACGCUUUGUUAUGCAAUAAGCAUUUUCUUUCCUAAAAUCUCGAAUUUGUAGCAUGGUUGCGAUAGGUGGCGCUGCAUUAAGCUUUUUCAUAAGUGUAUGGACUAAAUGUCAAAGUUCGGGAAUUCUAUUUUACGAAUUCAUGCAUUUUUAUAAUUAAUUGCGUAGCGGAGAGUUUACUCGUAUGUACUUACGUAAUCUGGUAUCGAGAUAAAAGCCUCGGUUUCUAUAAGGGCGCAACAAACACUCACACUUCCUGAUUGAUUCGAAAUGAGUUUGUAGUCGGAGUUUACCAAAGCUGAAAUAACCUGAAAGUCCAUUGGGAAUGUUGUUAAUGAGUAGACGAAUGGACAUUAGAGCAUAGCGGAGGCAGGAAAUAAUUUUACUGUUUAAUCUUUUGUGAAGACCGCUUGGCUAUAAAUGAAUCUUCGAAACGUACCUUAUUUAUUGUUAGAUUGUUCUGAUUGAUGUUAGUUUAUUAUUAUUUAUCUAGUGUUACGAAAAUUAAAAAAGGAGUCGUACACAUUGUCAGAAUAGUUAAUA